UAGGGGGGUACCUACGGUACCUUAAAAAAACACAAUGGACGAUGAGGAAAAGCACCGCAUUCACCACCACUGGCGAACAUCACGCAUGGUUGAUCGUGAUUUACAUGCGCCGGUUAAACGACGGCAUAGGUCGAAGAUUACGUGACCGUAGUGUCCGAUCUCAUAGUUCCACACGUAGCAUACGGGCAAUAUGGAAACGACCCGGCAAGCAUAUUCUCUAUGGGUCUCAAUCAUUUGUGGCUCAGGCCAAGAACGAGUAUCGUGUUGAGCGGCCUACUCUACUGGGUGCGAUGAUAUCCCCCGCACGUCGACCAUUAGUCUUUGAGGCUUGGUCUCCUUGCGAAAUUGCCACAUUUGAAGGUGUGCACUUGUCACAUACAGCAUUUCGACGACAUCGGUAGGCGCACUCGCCUUACAUGGAAAAAACUUUCACAUGCUGCAGCGAUUUGUCAAGACGAAGUCGACAAAGGAAAUCAUCGAAUUCUACUAUGUAUGGUAUGUUCUGCUGGUUUUAAUCGGCAAGAUCCAUGUUGUUAUAGGAAAAUGACUACUCAUGGAAGGGAAUGGAAAAAAAAAUUUGUGCCUGAUAUUCCAGAUCCCGAGUACUAAAAAUACGAGGUGUGCCUACAUUUCUCCGUUUAUGGCGGCUAUGGCGGUAUGGCGGCGGUUCAAUACACUAUUCACUAUCCUACUAAUAUUCCCACUAAUAUGUCAGCACCUAUGAUUCCAAGAUCCUAGCCGUUUCGUCUCUCCCCGGACCUUGGUCAAAAGGUGGGAAUAGACCCCAGGAACCUAGUUUAUGAAAAUCCCCCUCACCAAGCGCGAAGCCUGAAGGGGUCCAUACCUUUUACCCGCUCUGUAGGCCUAGGUUGCCACUUACCUGUUCAAGUUAAUUAAUUACCCGUUAUUAACCUAUAGUCGCGUCCGUCGCAACUCGUAUAAACGCCGCGGCGUUGAAAUUCCGCAACAACAUCUUGUCGUUGGACCCUCGGGAUUUCCUCGUUCGCCGCGUAUACGACGGCCUGAUGAAUGAUUCUAAAGGUCGCGGAUCGUCGAGGAACGGGGCUUUGUUCCCGGAAAAUCUUGCGUUAGAAGCGAUUUGGCCCGGGCCUCUAAAAAAACCGGCAGCGAAAAAGUUCGUCAAUGAAUUCGUCGCCUCGCGCCGGGUAUCCGAGCUCGCCGACGGUUUCAAGAGAACUUGA